AUGGCACUUCUCUCCGACGUCCUACAGGCCCAGCAGCUGCCUCCCCAGCCAAAUCCACCGUCGAUCCAAUCCGCCGCUGAUCCGCGCUCACCACCGUCCCUUCACCGAGCUGCGAGCUUCGACUCGGCCAAGGAAGAAGAGGGUGACCAUGGUCCCGGCUCGCCCGGUGUCAAAAGGACAUUUUCCGACCUCAGCCUGUCUUCUUCUUCAAAGAACGAUUUAUCCUUCCGCGAAAACCUCUUUGCUGGCAAGGAAAUUCUGCGCCGAGUCACCCUUCGCUCGCCGAACAAAUCCAAGGCUGCCGUUCCCAGGAGCAUCCCUCGGGAGUCGCCCAAGGUCCCUGCCACAACCUCUGCAAAUGGCAACACGUUGAAGCAGAAGCCAACCCUCACAGUGACUGGAAACGGCAUGGAAGAUAUUGGUGGAGAGAGUCGGUUGCAACCUCCUGUCAGACCAACGAAGGCUCGCUCGGUUUCUGGGAAAAUCGCUACUCUUGCUCGAGUCCCGUGGAUGGCCAGUUCUCGAUCGCCUUCGCCGGCAAGCACCGAUUCAAAGAGAGGAACAUCUACUUCCCGAGAGCAAUCUCCGACUCGGGUUUCUCAGCCAGGGGUUGCCGAUGAUGCCUCGCUGCGAAGCGAGCAGGCAACACCAGCAGACCUGCCUGAAGAUAGUAGCAGGAGAACUGGAAAUAAAAGAGCACGGCGCCCGUUGAGCGCCUUCGUUCCGCGAACCAAAUCUGCCGACCCUUCACCAACACCGCCUUCUCCUUCCCUUCGAGGGAGGAAGUCGCUCGACCAAGUUAUGCCGCACCAUGUUUCCACUGCCGAUUUACCACCUCUGCCUAAAGCACCCGUUAUAUCUUUGCCUUCGACUAUCGACCCUCCCCGAAAGAAAGAUCAGCUAUGGUCUGUUUUCAGAAGCCUAGAGGCCGACCUACACAAGUUUCAAGCCAAAUCAACCAAUCUCAAAGUCAACGUGAUACGCUCGUCGCUUCUACCUUUCCUCUCUCGGUAUGUGUCUCACCCGUCACUCAACUCUCUCCGGCCCGAAGACCUUGAUCGCCGAGUAAAUAUCUUGAAUAAAUGGUGGACGGCGCUACUAGCCAUGUUGCACGGCAGAAAUCAUCAAUCGGUAUCUGGAACCGACAGACCCGCCUAUUUGGAAGCUAUGACGGGUAUCAUGAUGCGAAUGGAAUGGCAGAUACCGUAUCAGCCACAUGCCUUUUCGGCCACAAGCUCCAAGUCCUCGUUAGAAUCGAGCUCGGAUGACUUCUUGGUUGAAUCAAUCUACCACAAUGUCAGAAACAUAUUCAACCAGAAUCUACUCUCGCAAAUGUCUUUUGUAGUAGACAGGAUGUCUGUGAAGCAGGCACCAGCUAGUCUGGUGAUAUUUUGCGGUCAAGCAUGCGCCUAUGCUUUUUACUUUUGUCCUGGGAUCGCCGAUAUGUUGGUGCGACUUUGGAACAUACCUGCCGACAUACUUCGCCGAAUCUUUACAGAUCCAUCUAUUCACAAAGGUUUGGGGGUGAGAUCAAUUGCUCGGGAUCUUGCCGUGGGCUUUCCUUUACCUGUGAGACCUCUGGCCUUUGCUUCCCACGCUGCUGUAGCCAAAUACUUUCGCCAGCCGCUAAAUUUACCGUUGAGUGCGGUACAUAUCCAAUGGCAUGGCCCGUGGGUAUCUCGCUGGUGUGGCCGAGACAGUGAUUUAUUCUUUGUGUUUGUCAAACAUUUCCACAUCCUGCAUUGCAACUUUCUAUCUGCAAGGACGGAGUACUCACAACGCAUUUUCGCCCCCGCCAUGCUAUUAGUACAAGGCCAACUAUUAGUCGUUCUGGAGGAUACUAUUUAUCGGCAAUCAUCCUCGCAGAUGCCCGAAAACACUGCAACCAGUUCGGUUACUUUUGAUGAUUUGAUGGGGGGGCCUGAUGCAGCUAUGUCUGCCUUGCCACUAGGGGGAGCAAACUGUCAACGGUCAAUGACAGAAAAUCGACUUAUUACACUUUUGCGAGAUUUACUAUCAGAUCCGUCCCCGAACUUGGAACAAGCACGGCGAAGUUAUACUGAUACAUUCAUGCGCACAUUGAAAUCUGCUGCUCGGCGAAUAUCUUUGUUCGAUCACAAUGCCUGUUUUAUCUUAUGCGACUUUGUGGAAGAAGCGGCUCCUUUGGUAAAUCGUUACAGUCGAAAAAUCAUGGAAGAUGUUUUUGAUUGGCCAUUUUGGGUGGAUGUGUGUAAACAAAUGACUCGCAGUCAGAAUUCUUUGACCGAGGUCCGUCUCUUCGCCUUCGUUUUCUCUAUCUGGAAGACCUGGACAUCGGAUCCAAAGCGGCAUCGCGAGCUUUGUGAACUUUUCUUGCUUAAUGAUGAGUACUUUUACCAUUAUUUCAGCCACUGGAGUCCGAUGGUGCGGGCCUAUUUUCACCGACUGCUUUGUUGGCGAGUGGCACGGUUCAACGAAUACCCAACACCCGUGGAUUCAGAAAUUUAUGAACUUUUUCUGGACAAACUGGAACAAGUUUGGGCGUACUAUUUGUCUACCCAAUCGAAGGCGGCAAAGGAAAGAAAAACACCUCUAUCGUCUGCUCCUUGUACCCCAGCUCCUGGCCGAAGGAUUUUAAUUAUUCGUUGCGACAAUCAGCAACCCUCCCCGACAAACCUCUUUACCUCAUUUGAUAGGGUCACCACACCACCUUCUACGUUAAACAACGGGGGAUAUCGAAGCCAUGGGGUUCUCACAGUUGACCCCAGUGGAUUCCCUCCUGAAUCUCAAUCAGCACCAAAGCGGAGGUGGAAUAUGCUGAAGAGUAUGUUCACUGCGACCAACAACCCCAAACCCGGGGAAGUUACACCACCUGGGAGCUCAGAUGAGAGCGAGACCACCAAUCCUGUGGAUAAUUUCAUGGGAGACUCCAUUACUCCUACGACCAGCUCAAGCUCUCAGGACAGUGGCAACCAAGCGGCCUCUGACGGUGACAGCUCACACGAGCUCCAAAAUCCACACCAGCCAUACAUCUUCAAAUUCUCUCUGGAAUGGCAUCAGUGGAGUGGGCCUAGCAAGAACCGGCGUCUAUACGCCCCUGGACUACCCAACAGCACAUUUAUUCACGUUCAACGUCUUCGCACAUCAGCUUUAUCUGGCCCGGCAACCGAUGAUGAACCACCAACGGACGACUGUAUUGAUGAGCUCAAAGGGGACCAGCGAGAUACCGACACGUCCACUGCCAGCACGUCCAACUCUUAUGCCACAAACAAAACAUCGGUCGACGAAGCGGAAGCUUUUGAUACCAGCAAACUCCGCAACGAGCGCCUCGUGGCUAGUAAAUAUGCAGGUCGCGCUCUCGCAGAAUGGUCGCAGGUGGUAUCGGAGUGUGAUAACUUUUACGAAAGGAGACGCGACGAAGGCGUUCCUUCGGAUGACCUAGUCGAGAUACCUACCCUCAGUGUAGACAGUUUUCGGAAAUAG